AUGGAUAGUUUUCGAUUUUUUCCCUUUUUUUCGACAGAUCGCAGCGCCACGCGGUCACCUGGACUGGAAUAUGGCGGUCGACUGUUUGGAAUGUCCGACCUCAAUCUGGCCGCCUCUUCUGCGAUUGAGGGCCUUCCGGAUGAGCAGCGCUCGUCACCCGUCCGGCGGACAUUACUCCUCCUCAUCUUCUUCGAGUUGGUCCUCAUCUUUGUCCUUUGGCUGGUUUACGUGCGGACUCUUGGGGAUUUCGUUGAGGAAAUGAGAAAACAAGUUAUCUAUAUGAAGUUCAACACUUCUCUCUUUGACGUUCAGCUCAUCUCCUUGGGACGCUUUAUCACACUCGAAGUGGCCUACGGAGCAUUUCUCACUAGCUAUCGAUGGCCCUCUGUGGUCUCCACUACCGCGACAACUAUCUACAUCAUUGUAAAGUGUACAGAGUUUUCUUUCGGCUCUCAGCGCGAAAGUUCAGGCUUGUGCUACACCGUGCUGGUUCUGCCCAUUGUGAUGGCUUGGCUGAGCACAUUCUUCCUCGAGUGUCGUGUACUGCCGCAGGAGAGAAUGGCCGAACGAAUCGUUACCUCCUAUAACCGGUUGAAUACGAAUUACCCCGGGAUCGCUGAUGUCGAGUCGGCGCAAUUCGCUUCCAUUCGCCAGUGGGCGGCACACGCCGCCCCCUCCCACUACACCAGAAGUAUUUACGUCUCGCCUGAAGGUUCUCUAGUGGAUGAAACGGAAUCUUUACUAAGUGCACCUAAGUACACGGCUUAUGGCGCCACUGAAUCGCCUGUCGAUGUGGCGGCUUUGCUGAUGAAGGCGGAAGAUUUGCGCCGAAGUGCCUGGAGCGCUCUCGAGGACGACUUGUGGUGUGAGGCGGCCAGCCACCUCACCUCCUCCUCGUCUUCGUUGGCUGGGCCUGGGCCACGAAUCGCCUCUGUCUGUCUGUCCGGCUACGCGCACAAAGUAUUCCGCAUGGAUGGGAUACUACACGCUCGCGCAAAGACAAUUUUCAAUGAUCUUGUGUAUGGAUUUGAUUUUUCUCCACACUGGAAUCCUACGAUCGCCUCUGCCAGAUGUCUACAAAAAUUUCCCCAUGAGAAUCUCGAUAUCGUUCACUCCGUGGUCAAAGACGCCCUCGGCGGCCUCAUAAAAUCACGCCUCACCUUGCCUCUGGUCAUCCCAAACCACACGAUUUGUUCGGUGUUUCAGGGAUUUUGUGUUGCUGAGGGUCUGGGGAACCAAGGAAGGUGUGCACUUCGUCGCCUCCUCCUCUGUGAUACACCCCAAAUGCCCCCCUUCGGAAACGUGCAUUCGGGCUGGUUCCCAGGCCACGUCGUGGAGAGGGGUGUCAAGGCCUCUCUGGUCUCGUUCUUCCAGGCUCUCCACCAACGCGCUGAGUCACUGAACGUCAACACUGACAAACACUGUGCGGGUGCUCUCGACGAAGCCUGCUGA